AUGAGGGAAGCAGCAGCAGAAGCAAGACUAGCAAGACAGACGCAGCAGCAGCAGCAGCCGCUGCGUAUACCAUGGGCAGCACUUAAGGAGCAGCAGCAGCAGCAGCAGCAGCAGAUACUGCAGCAGCAGCAACAAAAACAGCAUCAACAAAUUGUCCACAUGCUGCAGCAAAAACCUAAAGACACACAAACAAAUCUACCAGAGGCAGCAGCAGCAUCAGAUACUGCAGCAGCAGCAGCAGCAGCAGAAGCAGCAGCAGCAGAAGCAGCAGCAGCAGCAGGGGCCGAUACAACGGAGAAGAGUCAAGAAGAAACAAACGAAGAAGAAGAGAAAAAUAAAUCAUUUGUUACGCUAAGUCUGCUGCAGCGUCGCCCUGAUAAGAGAGGGAAGUUGCUGCUGCGUCCCUUAACUGUACGCGAAGACAGCCCGCUGCUGCAGCAGGCGCAGGAGCAGCGGCAGCAGCAGCAGAAGCAGCAGCAGCUGCAGCAGGAAGAACAAGCACGUAUAGAGAAAUUUGUAUUACAUAGUGUAUUAGGACCAGGAGCUGCACGUACACUCCAAUUUAAACAAGCAAAAAUGCAUGCAGCAAGUCCUAAACCUGCUGCUGCUCCUGCUGCUGCUCCUGCUGCUGCUGCAGCUAAAGGAGAAGAGAAGCAGCCUGCUGCCGGUACUGCAGCAGCAGCAGCAGCAGCAAAGACAAAAACAGGCAAGAAGAAAGCUGCUGCUGCCACUACUUCUGGCGUGCAGUCGCAGCAGCAGCAAGAGCAGCAGCAGCAGCAGCAGGGAAAGCAGCAGCAGCAGCAGCAGCAGCAGCAGCAGGGCCAAACAAGAGCACAGAAGGAGGCAAAGAAAGCCUCUACUUAA